AUGCCUAGAAAGAAGUCGGCUGCUAAAAAAGCUAGAGAAGCUGCUGCCAAGGAGGCUGCUUUAAAAGAGAAACAAACAAAUAAAGAUACGGUUAAGGAUGUUGGCACAGUUGAUAGUAAGCAUAUUCCUAAUGAAAACUACAGCGAAAGUGACAUCAGUAGUAGUAGUAGUGAGGAAGAAGACAAUUAUGGCGAUUUGAUCACUGAAGAUAUAGAACAAGGUAUUAACAAUGUUUUGGAGGCCAUCAAAAAUAACGAUACUAGUAAACUAUUGGAUCCAAAAGUGAAGUUCUUUAAAGAUGAAAAUGAACAAGAGGAUGUUGGUCAAAAAGUUAAGACUCAAAAACCAAUUUACUUGAAGGAUUACCAUAGAAUGAAUAUCUUGUCUGGUGAUGCUUUGAAGAGUGACGAUGAAUUAGAUCAAAUGGAGACUGUGGAUGGACAAAAAUCUUUUGUCGUUCAACAGAGAGAUGAAAGAAACAAAUUAUUAGAUGAAAUCAAAGGUGCGAUGGAUGAUUCAAAUGGUGAGGAUGAAGACGAUGAUGGAUUUCUGAAAAAGAAAGAAAUCAAACAGGAUAACAACGAUAAUAACCAACUUUCGUAUGAAAAUGACGAACAAUUUUUGAAGGAUUUUCUUGCCCAACAAGCGUGGAUUCCCAAAGAAGGUGAUAAAGUCAUUGAAUUGGAUGCAACAGGACAGUCUGAUGAUGAGAACUUUAAUAAUGCUGUGGAGGAUUUUGAAAAUGCCUAUAAUUUUAGAUACGAAGAUCCUAAUUCUGCAGAAAUUAUUUCAUAUGCAAGAAAUCAAGCCACCUUGAGAAGAUCAAAGACAUCCUCACGUAGACGUAAAAGAGAAGAAGAAAAGGUUGUUAAGGACAAAUUGAAAAAGGAUAAAGAAUCUAAGAUUCAGAAGAAAAAGACUAAAAAAAUCAAUAAAUUGACUGAUGUCUUGGAACAAUUACAAAAGGAGUUUGGUGCUAAAAUUGAAUCGCAUAUGGUUGACAAAAUUACUAAGACUUUAAUGAAUAGUGACUACAAAGAAAAUGAGUGGGAUAACGUUAUUGCAGAGUUAUUUGAUGAUGAAUUUUAUAAUAACGAUUCUGAAAAACCAACUUGGAAUGAUGAUGAUGGACUAGGAAAUAACCAUCAGUUUGAUGAUGAUAAUGAGGAAGAAAAUCAGAAAGAGGAAGAGGAAGAUGAAAGGAAAAAAGAUGUGGAUAAUAAAACUAUUGAUAAGAAAUCUAAAAAAGAAAUGAAGAAUGCAGUAAAAAGAGAAAAGAAAAAACUGACAGAGAUGGUUGAAAACGCGGUUGAGGCAAACAAAUUGGCUAUUAUAGAUGAGGUUGAAAAUGAUGAAUUACAUGAAAGAGGCAGGUCGAAGGAAAGAAAUGAUUCCGAUGGUGUAAAAUUCAGGUACCGUGAAGUAUCACCAGAAUCGUUUGGUUUGACCACUAGAGAAAUUUUUGCAGCUGAUGAUGCUGAUUUAAACGAAUUCAUCUCAUUGAAAAAAUUUGCACCAUAUAGAUCCAAGGAGUUAAGAAAUAAAGAUAAGAGAAAAGUGACAAAAGCAAAAAGGAUCAAAGAAUGGAGGAAGAAAACUUUUAAUGAUGAAAAUGGUCCAAGUUUUGAGGGUGUUUGUUUGCCAAAAGAUGAUACAGAUAGUGAGAAAUCUAAAAAAUCUAAACAUCAUCACAAGAAAAGUCAUAAGCACAAACAUUCAAAAAAAUAA